AGCACUCAGCAGCAGAUACUAUUCAAGAGUUGAAGGAAAUGGCUGAAGCACAACUACGAGACCAGCAUGGCAACCCUGUCCCACUCACCGAUCAAUACGGUAAUCCGGUUAUCUUAACUGACGAGCGCGGUAAUCCCGUCCAACUCACUGGUGUCGCUACCACCGCUACCGGCACAGCAGGUUCUGGGUUUGGGUCCUAUGGUACCGGUGCUUACGGUGGUGGUGCAAGUGCAACCACCGUUGCAGAUCUUUUGGCAACCCAACCAAGGAGUGGCAGGGAGGCUAGAGAGCUUCGUCGUUCCUCCAGUUCAAGCUCUAGCUCGUCUGAGGAUGAUGGGCAAGGUGGGAGGAGGAAGAAGGGAGUGAAGGAUAAAAUAAAAGAGAAACUACCAGGGGUAGGAGGAGGGAAUAAUAAUAAGGAGCAUGCACACACAACAACUGCUCCAACCACCGCCACUAACCACCCUGCUGAUCAGCAUGAGAAGAAGGGCAUAAUGGAGAGGAUCAAAGAAAAAUUGCCUGGCCACCACACCCACUGAAAACCUGCGUUACAUUACCAUAUGUUUGCGCCUGUCUGUCUUAUAUAUGUAACAUAAAGUACUAUAUAUGUCAUGGGCUGAGUAUCUUGUGCAAUUAUGCUCUUUAUAUUAUGUUCAGAAUAUAUAUCUGAUUAUGUCACUAUCUUGAUUCUUUUGAAUCAUGUAUAUGGAUGUGUUCCAUCUUCUCUUUGUAUGCACCUUCGAUUAAUAUCUCGGCCUCGAUCGCAUCAGUGUGACUUCUGCUUUUAUUUUAUAAUAAUAACGCUUCUUUAUAAUAUCAA